AUGGGCUUGUCGUUUAAUUCGACAGAUUAUUUUUUAGACAAAAGCGACGCUGGCAGCGAGUCAUCAGGUGUGGUGACGAGCGCGAGUGGGUCACGCAACGGGUCACAUCAGAAUACUCCGACCGAAUCUUCGGUCAAUCCUGGUCAGAUGGCGAUAUGCAUUGAAGCGUAUUCCCCGACGUCUGAACAAGUGAAAGCCAGUCCUGCUCAUCUCCACUUGAUCAUCGGUGACAUGGUCGAUGGUCCUCUAGUUCGACGCUGUGUACUUGUCGAGGCUGCCGCUACAGCUCAGCACCGACGACGUAGAAGUCCGACGCGAUCUCACGUUGCCUUUCAGCAAGCAACACUUGUCAGUCUUGCGUUUGUGUUGAGUCAUGCUGAUCUGGCCAUUGGCUCGGUGAUUGAUUAA